CAGAGCGCGACGACGCGCAGCUCAGUCUCCUUCACACCGCACUGUCAUGAUGAGCUCGGCCGCGAGGGUCUUCUGCAGCGUCGCGGCUCUAGCGCUGGUCACUGCAAUGCCAUAUGAUCCAUCGGGAUUUUCUAUUGACCGCUCGAUAUUCCGAGACCAGCACAGCGGUUUUCUCUCAUCGCCAUCGCUUACAUCCUUUGAUUCAGGUUUUGUUCCCAGCUCUUUUAGCAAUUUCUUCGGUUCGCAGAAUAUACUGACGACUCCACACGUUCUGCGAUCAUCAAUUAGUGCAGAGUUCCCACUCCGCACUCUGGCUCGCUGUCCUAAAGGCCUUGCUAGGGAUGCCGCUGGCAGAUGUGUAGAGCCCAUCGUGCGCAAAAAUGUUUUCCUUUUCAAAUCGCCUCAAGUAAAGGCACCUCAGCUGCCUCCCCCUGUAAUUCCAAAACCAAAGAUCCUCUUCAAUUACGUUUAUGUUAACUCCGGUAAUGAUGUCAGGAAGCCAAAUCCUAUCGUGGUGCCACCGCCUCAAGAGAAGACCUUGGUGUACGUAUUGAGGAAGAGGCCUGAACCGAUCAGACAAGAAGUUAUUGAAGUUCCUCCUCAACCCGACUCUGACCCAGAAGUUUUCUUCAUCAAUUACAACGAAGGCCAAAAUCAGCAGCUGCCAGGAGGUGUUGACCUGCAAACGGUGUUGGCUCAGUCUGCUGCUCAACAAACGGGUGGCGUCGAGAUCGGAGGGAGCGGUUUGGGUUUGUUUGUUGAUGGAGCUUCUACUGGACUUGCUGGUCAACUAAAUCAGGUUGGAUCACUUGCUGGAUUGGAGUUCGAUAUCAGUCGCGAGUUUCAGGAAAGGAAUUCUUUCAAUGGCUUAGGCAGCUAUGUCCCUCCAUCAGCUAGAACUGUCCAGUUUACCCCUUCAGGCAGCUCCCAGGUACAAAGGUUGGAGCCAACGAUCGCCUCAGAAGGCUCUGUUGUUGACUCCACUUCUACCUUACAGGAUCAAGAAGCCAAUGCUUCAAGCAAUACCGAAGAGUCAGAACAGAAAAAAUCUGAUGAAGCUGAAGGAAACAAUGAAAAUCAAGAGGCUGAAGCCAACUCUGCUGUUGAAAAUUCAGAAAAGAUCCAGGAAAAAAGAUCUCCAAGAGCCGAUGCAAGGCCAACAUCAACUUCUACGUCACUAGUCGUGAAUAAGCAAGUGAGCCUCGAGACGCCGCCUAGCGGGGCCAAAUCUUUUGUCUUCUCAGUGAUGAAGAAGCCUGCAACAGGAGAAAAGGAGGCUGUGGUUGCGGACUUGGACACAAGUCCUUCAGAAAACAACGAAGCCAUUUCCCGAGCGACCGACGAUGUAUCAGCGACCAUCCCAGUCCUCACCUCAGAAGACGUCAAAGAACGAUUGAAAACAGCAGCAGUAAACUGAUGAACCGCGAGGCCGAGUUUAUUAAGAUAUCAGUCAGCAAUAAUGUAUUAUUUAAUCGUUUAUUAAUAUUGUUUACGAUUUUGCUCGACGGAUAUUUACUUGUCUGUUUAUCAUUUACUUACUUGUCUGUUAAUCAUGUUUUCAUUUAUUUUUCUGUGUAUACUCUGUAAGUCAUCGAAGUAAUAUAAGGAACCAAAUAAAAGUCGAAAUA